UUAUAUGCCUUCCAGACUCACGGCGAGAAGUCUCGGCGAGAAAAUUCGCCGAGACUUCUCGCGAACAACGGCUAUGUCCACAUUCACACUGAAUCUCACUUCUGUUCUCGUCUUUAUACGGUAUGGACGACAGUGCAGCGGCUUUGAUGGUAUCUGCGUUGGCGUACUAUAACCUUGUAAAUAUAAUCAUUAGGAAUAGAAUUAAUAAGAAAAGGCCCAGACGUUGGUGGAUGACGCAAAUUCAUCUAAGCAGAACAAGCUUAAGCAUGCAAAGUCAGUUGGGAGAACUUAUUGCUGAACCAAGUGGAGAAUUUAAGAAGUCCACGCGAAUGUCAACUACGGACUUUGAAUUUUUGCUCAACAAGAUUUCUCCUCUAAUUAGCAAACAAGAUACACAACUUCGAAAAGCUGUACCAACCCGAAUGCGUCUUGCUAUGACAUUGAGAUACUUGGCCACGGGAGAAAGCUUUCAAAGCCUUCAUUUUUUAUUCAAAGUGUUACCGCAAUUGAUUUCAACAAUUGUUCCCGAAGUAUGUAAAGCACUGAAUCAAGUAUUGAUAAAAGAAAUACAGAUUCCAUCAUCCGCUGAAGAAUGGCUGGAAAUCGAAAAAGGAUUCAGCUCAAAAUUUCCUAGAGCCAUUGGUGCAAUAGAUGGCAAAAUAUUGUUCUGACGUGUCCACAAAAUUCAGGCUCGGAGUACUUCAACUACAAGAAAAGUUUCAGUAUUGUGCUGAUGGCAUUAGUCGAUAGCAAAUAUAACUUUAUUUUUGCUGAUAUUGGUGGUCAGGGAAAAAUAAGUGAUGGUGGAAUUUUCCGACAUACUUUGUUGUGGGAGAUGAUUUCUAGCAACACUUUGAAUUUACCAGCGUCACAUCCACUACCAGGUUCAAAUGUUGAUAUACCUUACG